AUGGCUGGACCGUGCGGAUUUAUCGGCGCGUUGUUGCGCCGUAGCUCAAGAGGCUCGAUCAACUAUGUGAGCGCUUCAUCCUUGAUCUCGUCGCGAUGUAGCAUCAUCAACGUUCCAUUUCAAGGAAUACGAGAAUUGCAUGUUUCCUCAAAGUUACUGGAAGUGAAGACGAUGAAGCUGCCUUCUCUCGGAGACUCUAUAAGCGAAGGUACUUUGAGCGAAUGGAAGAAGAAGGUGGGCGAGCACAUAGCUGUCGACGAGCCACUGGCCAUUGUUGAGACGGACAAGGUCACCGUAGACAUCAACAGCACUAUGGAGGGUGUAAUUGUGAAACAACACUACCAAGAGGACGACACUGUCUUUGUAGACAAACCAUUCAUCGAUGUGGAAACAGGAGCUACUGCGGGUGUCGCACCAUCCGUAGAAACAGCCCCCGAGACUAAGAAUGUCAGCGCCGAGGAGGUUCCUGCUGAGGCAACCCCCGAGGUUACCCCCGAGGUUACCCCCGAGGUUGCUGCUAAGGAGGCUACACCAACCGAAACUAGGGUCCAAAUGACACGCAUGAGAAAGCGUAUUGGUGAGCGCCUGAAGGAGUCGCAGCAGACAACCGUGAUGCUGACCACUUUUAACGAGUGUGACAUGAGCGCUAUCAUGGAACUGCGCAAGAAGCUCAACGAAUCCGGAAAAAUGCCUGUCAAACUAGGUUAUGUAUCAGCUUACAUGAAAGCAUCUACCAUGGCUUUGCUGAAGAUGCCUAUUAUGAACUCUUACAUCGAGGGCGACGAAAUAGUGACCAAGCAUUUCGUUGACAUUUCGGUCGCUGUAGCUACGCCUUCGGGACUCGUAGUACCAGUUAUCCGCAACUGUGAGGGAAAGACCUGGGUCGAGUUGGAGCAGCAACUCUUAGAGGCUGCGACCAAGGGUCGUGAAGGACGAUUAUCUGUUGCUGAUAUGACGGGUGGCACCUUUACCAUUUCUAAUGGAGGUAUAUACGGUAGUGUGUUAAGUACGCCGAUCAUUAACCCACCCCAAUCAUCGAUUCUGGGUAUGCAUUCGAUUAUCAAGCGCUGCGUUGUGCGCAAUGACGAGAUGAUUAUCAGGCCGAUCAUGAAUUUGGCACUAUCGUAUGACCAUCGUCUCAUUGACGGCAGGGAGGCUGUACAAUUCCUCAUUGCGAUCAAGGAAGCCAUAGAAAAUCCGGAUACACUAUUAGAGCACUAA